GGCAGGCUGGACAGCGUGCGUGCAUGUGUGUGCGUGCGCUUUGAGGCUGGGCUGGAGCUAGGCUGGGGCAGGGGCAUGUACUGGGCUGUGCAGAACUAGGGGUAGGAUCUGUGUGUGUUUAUAUAGCCCAGUCAGACCCUCUAUGUGGCCCAUUCCCUCUCAGCCGGAGAACACGACGCUACCAGGCCAGCUGCCAAAGGAUUGCUCAGCAUUUAACAAGACGUACAGGGGAAGCAAAGGAGAUAGAGAAGAGAGGAAACAAAUCAGACAUACACCGAUUUAUCAUUCUCCACAUACACACUGGGAGAAAGGCACACACUCUCCGACACACACACAGGUAGGCUGAUUUGGACACGCGCAGACAGACUUACUGAGUCGGACAGACGGACGGACGGACAGCAAGCAGCAUGUUUCUGUGGCGGCUCCCUCAGGCGGUGUGUCUGGUGUGGUUGUGUGUUUCGCUGACUGUUGGCUACGAGGACAACAUCGAGGUGAGCUUCAGUGACACUUACUACAACGAGAUCACAGAGGGAGAACCAGUGGAGCCCACCGCCACCCCAGCCCCCUGUAAGACUUCGGACCUGACUAAGUGGGACAAGCUCUUCUCCAUGCUGGAGAACUCUCAGAUGAGGGAGAACAUGCUUCUGCAGUACUCAGAUGACAUCAUCAAGGUGGAGUUGGGGUCACUGCGUGGCGAGAUGCUAAGGUUCGUGGCUCAGUACGGCGGGGCCUGUGGCGUUGCGGUGGAGAGUGCUGGCCGGAGGAUGUCCUUGCAAAUGGAGGCUCGAUUACGGGAGAGCAUGGAGCAUCUCAGGCAAGAACGGAGCAUCGCGGUUGGGAACACUGCCGGCAAUUCUGUCAAUAGCCAUCAGGAGACGCUGUUACAGCAGCUCCUAGCUGCGUCGCGGACACAGGCUUCACGACUGAUGAAACUGGAAAACAGCUGCUUGACUAAUCCUAGACCGAUAACACCAACAGAGGCUAACAGCAGAGACCUGCAGCAAGUAGUGGCAUUGACAGAGAUGCUUGAUGCCGUGGUGACAGAGCUUGGGAAAACAAGGGCAGUGCUGGAGGAGGCAUUGAAGUCGGCACAUAUACGACAUCUGCCCGCAGGCUGCGAGACCGCAAUUCUCUUCCCAAUGCGCUCCCGUCGCAUCUUCUCCUCUGUGACCCCAGACCUCCCUCUCACACUCUCUUCAUUCACUGUGUGCCUAUGGACCAAGCCUGUCUCUGUGGCAAACAGAACUGUUCUGUUCUCUUACGGAACAAAGCGGAAUCCCUACGAGAUCCAGCUCCUGUUCAGCGGGACCGCGGCUCUCUUCACCGUCGGAGGAGAGGCUCACCUUGUGGAAGCACGUGGCGUUGUGAAGGGAGGAAGCUGGACCCACCUGUGUGGUGCUUGGAGUUCUGAGCAGGGCAUUGCGUCAUUAUGGGCCAAUGGACAAAGAAAGGCUUCCACACCCGGUGUGGCCGAAGGUCACGUUUUACCCAGCGGAGGUACACUCCAGCUGGGACAGGAGAAGAUCGGCAAUGUGGUUGUUCAUGGUUCACAUGCCAGUGGGAGUCAGGUGUCAGGGUUCGAGGGAGGCUUUGACGCAAAUUUGGCUUUCGCUGGGAAAAUGACAGGGGUGAACAUGUGGGACCGUGUGCUGACAGGAGAGGAGAUAUCCCAGCUGGCUUUGCAGGAUGGCGAUGGGUGUGAGCAGAGGGGAAACGUAGUUGGUUGGGGCCUGACAGAGAUUGUGCCUCACGGGGGCGCCCAGUUUAUCAAUUAGCUCUGGCAAUGUCUUCAUAUUCAUCAUCGCGUCAACAUUUUAAAUAAAUGAACUUAUCAUCCUCCUCAUUGAAAUUAACUAUCCUUUCCAUCAUUUAAAUUAACAUGAUAAUUGUCAUUACCAUCAUAGACUGACUAUGCUUCUCUGUGACCUGCAGUGCAGAUUUGGCAAUGGUCUUAGACUGCAACAACAUCAACAUACACAACCAUUUCUUGUAGCGGUUAAAGAGACUGAUGAUUGAAGAGGGCACCCUGUUUGAGGAGUGUUUUGCAUUUAGAGAUGCAGGAGAAUCUUAACACACACAUUGAGAAAGGAGUUAGUUCAUCACAUUAACAGCAGUUACAAGUGGAGAAAAAAAGCUUUUACCAAAGAUUUCAAAUUUUUUUUAAGGAAGAACAGAUGAGAGACAAAGAGCCCACUGUGUUGAAAGCGGGUAUAUUGGGUGAAUUGUCACAACGCCAGUCUUCAAGGGGAAUCCCUAGAUGGCAAUGAAUCACAGGAUAAAAUUGGCUCUCUUUUGGGAUUAUAUGUCAUCGAAAGUAUUGUGCAAGUACAUUAGCUGUUGGUUAUUAAUCAAGUGUUAUGUCUAUGGAUGAGUUAAGGGCAGUGGUUGAGCUUAGAGUUGCAUUGUGUGUGAUUUUUCGUCUUCUGUGUCAUGAGAAUGUAACCACCUGAUAACUGCCCUACAAGGUUUUAGACAAUUAUCUUAUAUUUUAUUUUCCCCAAAAGUUUUAAAUUCAGAUGUGACAAAUAUAUAUUUUUAGUUUUGUGUUGUGUUGUGUUUUGCUUUAUCUUGUUUUCCAUAUAUCAAGAGGGAUUUAAUGUGUUAGUUUGUCUUUGAAAUGGAGGCCAAUGGAUAGCACAUAAAGAUGACUUAUUACCUGUUUGUUUGGCGUGUCUCUUAAGACAAAUGCUUGAUUGAGGACUGUGGACAAUGUUUACAGAAUCUUUUAGGACUGUCUCUGCUCUUUGUUAAUGUAGGCAAUGUGUAUCAUAUUGUAAAUCUUUCUUUUUUUAAGAACUAAAAUGAAUGUAUUUUGUAUAUAAUUAUUAUUUUGUUUCAUACUGUAUGACUCAAAUUGGAAAAUAAGCUUUGAAUAAAACAUUGUUUUUGUUUUUUCUGGAAAAAAGAAAAACUAAUCCUCCCUACAUUGUGAAAUGGUUCAAUAAAAAAAAACAAU